AUGAACUGCAGCAGCAUUCAUUCUGUUAAAAACAUUCUUCUUGGUCAAGCAAUCAUUUAUGCACUAAUGUUCUUUUUUGGAGUUAUCCUAAAUGUGUUUGCCUUAAGGAUAUUCUGUUGCAAACUAAUCAAAUGGACUGAAACGAGAGUAUAUAUGACCAAUUUAGCCAUAACAGACUGUCUAUUUCUUUUCACUUUGCCUUUCAAUAUGGUUUAUAACAUGUUAAAAAUACAUGAUAUAUAUAUACAUAGAUACCUGAACAUAUUGUGCCUGGUUUGGCAGGGUGUGUACUUUAUCAACCGAUACAUGAGCAUCUUCCUUAUUACCAUCAUAGCACUUGAUAGAUACAUCGCCAUAAGGUAUCCUCUCCAAGCAAAGAAUAUCAGGUCUCCUUUAAAGUCAGUGCUUGUCUGUGGACUUUUCUGGAUCAUAAUUAUAAGUAUUGUACUUGUAUCUAUACAUGUGGAUAAAGAUGAGUACAAAGGAAUUUGCUUUCGAACAAUUUACAGAAUAGCAUCAGUGCCUUCUUUUGCUGCAGUAAUAUGGGGGUUUGUUAUACCUUUAAUUAUCUUGAGUUUCUGUUCUAUUCAAAUAAUUAAAAAACUAAGAAGAAAGAAAAAGAUUCAUCUUCAUGAAAAAAAUCUCAUUCAGAAAUCAAUCAACAUUAUUCUAGCAAAUAUGACCACAUUCAUCAUCUGCUUUUCACCACUUCAUGUUCUAUAUUUCAUUAGUUUCAUAGAUUCCAAAAAUGAUAGUUGUUCUACAUUUAAAGAAACUCUAUUUCUAAAUGUUGCUGCUAUUCUUGCUAACGCUAAUUGCUGCUUGGAUGUAUUUUGCUAUUAUUUUGUAAGCCAGGAAUUUCAGGAGGCUUCUAUAGUACUAAAGACACAGAGUCAAGCAUCUAAAAAUCAAGAUACUGAAAUUAUUUAG